AGCCAGUCUGCUGGAAGCUGUUUGGAUGGAGAGGAUUUUUUAUUGAUGAGAAAAAGAACAUUUACUGGAAGUUUUGGGAUAUUUUUCCAGGUUUGCAGUGGGAUGGGACUCAAUCGCUUCAUGUGUCUGCUGCUCUGUGCAGCAGCCCUGACAGAUUCUGCAGUUUUUGGUAAAGAAGAGAGCAGCGAGGCAAACAGGUGGACCAGACACAACCUGCCGUUGCUGCUGGACACACACACACAGCCUUUACAAGUGCCUUUGUUCAGAGGACAGGAGGAGGAUGAGGAGAAAGAAGGGACAAAAACAUUCUGUGGAAUAGAGUGUCAAAGCCACCUACCAUCUAUGAACCAAACUGAGCAGGAGAGGAUUCUGGGAUAUGAGACAAUGAAUGAGGAUGGCACUCGCACACAUACAGAUAUCAUCUUGCAGGGUUUGAACCAGACAUCUACAGGACAACCGGCCCACUCCCCUGCUCCCACCCGUAGGAAACGGGAGAUUUACGGAGCAGAUGGACGCUUUGUGAUCUCUGACUCGCAUUUCAUCACCAACUAUCCUUUCUCCACUGCUGUGCGUCUCUCCACAGGCUGCUCCGGAGUCCUAAUAUCCCCGAAACACGUGCUGACAGCGGCACACUGCAUCCAUGACGGGAGGGACUACCUAGAGAGUGCCAGAAGGCUGAGAGUAGGAGUGUUGCAGCUUAAGACUAAAAGAAGAAGAGGGCCUGGGAGGCAAGGAGGGCGGCAGAGAGGUGGGGUGAAUCAAGAGGGGGUGAAAGGUGAGGAGCAGAUAAUGGAGGAGGAUGAGGAGCGGAAUAGUAUAGAUGGAGAUGUAUGGCAAAAGGGAGUAAAAGGAAGUAGGCUCAGGGGAAGAAAAUAUGGUAAGGAGGGUGUAGCUGAUCAUGGGAUUAUAGUAGGAGCAGGGAAACGGAGGAAACGUAUACGACGUAGUCCUGGUCCCAUGAAGCAGCCUGUCUUCCGUUGGACGCGAGUUAAACAAACCAGAAUCCCUCAAGGGUGGAUCCAAACCAAGAGCUUCACCAGCUCCGUGUCCCCUGACUACGACUACGCUCUCUUGGAGCUGAGACGACCCCUCAAACUGAAGUAUAUGAAGCUGGGAGUGGCGCCCUCCGCUACCCCCCUGGUACGAAUCCACUUUUCAGGCUAUGACGCUGACAAAAGCCGUGACGGACGUGGAAACGAGAAGGUGGUGUACCGGUUUUGUUCGGUGGCAAACCAGUCUCUCGAUUUAAUGUACCAGCACUGUGACGCGCAGCCGGGCGCCACAGGUGCAGGCGUUUACAUCCGUCUGAGACAGGAAGUGGGAGAGAAAGGCGGGAAAGGGAAGUGGCAGCGAAGAGUGAUUGGGGUGUUUUCAGGCCAUCAGUGGGUGGAGGUAGAAGGAGGUGAGCAGAGGGACUUUAAUGUUGCAGUGAGGAUUACGGCACCCAAAUAUGCCCAGAUCUGUCACUGGAUCCAUGGAGAUCCAAGACGCUGUAAAGAGAUUUGACCAAGCGAUACAAUAGAGACUUAAUGACCUGGGCUGGUGUAUAUAAAAGCACUUUAAAAGUAUCUUUUAUUAAAGUGUAAAUCUUAAAAGAAAAACUGAAGGGCCAAUUAAAAACUAAAAUCAUGCCCUUCCUCAAGUACUUAAAAGCCAAUAGCAGGCCUCUAUAGGUUAUGUGUCAUGGCUGCAUUACAGCCUCACGCACAAUGCCAUGCAGCCGACCUUUCAUUAUUGUGUUAUAUGCUUCAAUAUCGUUUAUAUAUUGUAAGAUGCAAGAAUGCUUUUAGCAAAUGUGUUGUGAACAGCUAUAAUGACAAUUUUAAUAUGUGCUGUUCUUAAAUUAGUUCACGAAGUAGCCAUUUUAAAUGAUAAUCAUCUGUUGAGUUCCCAUAAAAUGUCUGUUAAAUACACUUCCAAUUAUUUAUUUUUCAACAAAAAAAAUAAAGAAAUACUGCACAUCCUCACCAUUGUUUUGAACACGUCAUUGAAUUUGAAAAGCAAUAACACUAUCAUAACCAAGAUCCCAUGUAUUAUUCUAAAUGUCUCUUUUACCAGAACUUUGACUGUAAAUUGAAUGAAAUUACACUAAAAUACAACAUUUACAAUUUCAAAAAUAUCUGUAUGCUUUGGAAAUGUGCACUCUUUACCUGUUGACUCUAAACUCUCAAAAACUCUGACAUAGUAAUCAACACAAUGACAAUUCAAUAUUCAUAAAUGCCUGGAGAGCUCAAGAUAAAAGGAGAAUGUUUCCCAUCGUGCUUUGCGAGGCAUACACAUUUUCGGUUCAAUCAGGCGAAUACAAAUAAGCCUCAAUUCUGUCUGUGCUUUGAAGCAGCCACCAGGUGGCCACGAACAUCCAGAGCUCUCACCGGUGAACGUCACUCAAACUUGACCAAGAUGGCUGCUGUCUCCUCCCACAGCAGUCCAAAGCGUGAGUAACUAAAGCCCGCAGUUUUGGC